UCAAAACCCUAGCGCAGCGCAGGGCGAAUUCUGACAUGAGAGAAACAAUGGCGAAGGAAGAGGAGUGCGCUCAGUCCCAGAAGCCAAAAUCUGAAGAUGGAGAAAAAUCUAGCACUCUCUUUAGCCCUGGUUUCCGAUCCGUGGCGGCGAUGGCUGGUUGGGACGAAGAGGCGCUUCUAAUGGCGUCUCUCGUAGUAGAAGACACUCCCGACCGAAAUCCCAAACACAAAAAACGCACUUCUCUCCUCAAUUCCACCACUCCAUCCACCAAUUCCAGAAGGAAAAGGAGGGCUCAGAUACGCGCGACGGUUCUCGAUCUCGAAGACGAAGUUGAAUGCGAGAAAAAGGAGACCAGUGGAACUGCCGACAGUAAGAAAGGAGGAAAUGCUGAGUCAAAGUCAAAGGCAAAAGAGCCAUCACCAGACCAUCCACCCAUCCCCUGCAGCAUUGAUAAGCUUCGUGAAGAGCUUUCUUGUGCUAUUUGUUUGGAGAUUUGUUUUGAACCAAGUACCACUCCUUGUGGACACAGUUUUUGUAAAAAGUGUUUGCGAUCUGCUGCUGAUAAGUGCGGGAAGAAAUGCCCAAAAUGCAGGCAGCUUAUCAGCAAUGGAAGAUCUUGCACUGUGAAUACAGUUCUCUGGAAUACAAUUCAGUUAUUAUUUCCACAAGAAGUUGAAGCAAGGAAGGCUAGUAUUGGUAAAGUUCAGCAACAAAGUCCAGCAAGAACUCAUCAUCAUAAUAGUCGAAAUCGAAGAGUUGCGAUGUUAAAUAAUAAUAGUAGUCCAGAGGCAGAAAGUGAGCAGCAGCAUCAUCAAAGCCUGGGAAGGGCAAACACCAGCAGGAGUAGAGUAAGAAGACAGAGUGAGAGGCCAAGUAGAGGCGAUUUCGUGAGUUUAAGGCCAAGAAGGGAGUUGCCAAGCCAGGAUGAGGAUUCUGCAUUGGCAUUGAGAUUGCAAAGAGAGGAAUUCAUGGCAGCUUUCAGGGAUGAUUCUGAGGAGCAGGAGCAAGGCAGGAGGACAUCAAAUUACAGGGAUUCUGAAGAACAACAACGCAGGAGGACCUCCUCCCUUGCAGUGGCCAGAGCAAAUCUGAGAGCUAUGGCGUCAAGAGCCAUUAACAUUCGAACUAGAAGUCGGGGAACAUAAACAUGGAACUGAACUGAACUGAACUCAACUGGCCCGGCAACAAUUACUCUAUUGUUAUGGUUUUUUCUCCCCCCUUCUCCUCUAAAUGCCUUGGAGGUGUUAGUAGUCAUCUGUUAUUUUGUACUAAUGCAUUGAAAACAACAUGGUUCUGUAUUGAUGAUUACUUUCAAUAGUAUCCACAAAAUCAAUGGCAUUGAAACUUAAAAGAUAUACAGCCAUUGUUUGUGAAUGCAUUGUAAAUUUCUUUGGGCUAUGAAUUCAAAUCACUUUUUACUUUUAAAAA